UCCCGACUGCGCACAGCCUCUUCGUCCACACCUUAGCAACCACGUCAUCACGUGACCGCCUUCUCGAGAGAACUAGACGUCAGGAGGCAGCAGCAGCAGCAGUAGUAGUGAUCGGCGGCGUCUGCACCACCCGGCUGAGAGAAGCGGCUGUGCCCUAAGCUCACCAUGAACUAUGAAAAUCCUCCACCAUAUGCAGGGGCUAAUCCACCAUACCCACCAUAUGGACCGCCUCAAGGUGGCCCAGCUCAGUAUCCUGGUUACCCACCACCUCCUGCUGGAUAUCAACCAGGGCAGCCAGGCUAUCCAGGGUAUGCUCAGCCUGGCUGGCAAAGUGGUCAACCUCCAGCACCAGUAUAUAUGGAAGCUCCUAAAAACACAGUAUAUGUUGUAGAAGAGAGAAGAAGAGAUAAUUCCGGCGAAAGUACCUGUUUAACCGCUUGUUGGACUGCCCUUUGUUGUUGCUGCCUUUGGGAUAUGUUGACAUGAAUAUGUAUAUUUUUAAGAAAAGCCAGAACACACAAUACCUGUACUUGCAUCUUGGUAUCUUGUUUUUUCUUAAAUUGGUUAAAAAGCGAUAUGCUUUAAUUUAAUUUGUAAUAGAUUUUCAUAUUUUAGGGCAUAUAACUGUCACAUCAUCUAUCCGGUCAGGGCACUUUGAUCUGCACUGUCUUAAAAAAAAUGUUUUGUUCAUUUGUGGGUUUUUAUGUUUGCCUAGGUUUAUGUCUAUUCUCAAAACUGAGACCUCUGAAUUAAACAUAAGAAAGCAUUACAGUAUGGACAAGAGACAUGACAUUUCUGAAAAUCUUACAAUUACUGUAUGUUUUUGCUUCUUUUGCUCUUAAGUUAUUACUGACACUAGUGUUUAAAAACACCAAAGACAGACAUUGUUAAUACCAUUUUGCCUUUACUAUAACUCAUAUAGAUAAUUUUUUUCGGAAUGUGUGAAAUCUGUGAUAGUUUCCUUUUACUCCUCUGGCAAAAAUAUUGUUACUAUGCAACUAUUAAAGAAUGAUCGCAUGGAAAAUCAU